ACGGCCCGGGGCUGGGCUGCAGUCAGAUCCGGGGAUGGAGGGAGCCGGAGAAGAGGCGUGAAAAGGCCGGGGAGGCAGGCCCUGCUGACCUCCUGGAGGCCGGCAACCUGCUGGCAGUGGAGGACCAGGCCACUCAGGAAAGGAAGGGGUCAGGAGGUCGGCUGAGCGUUAGCAAGCUCGGUCGCUGAGGAAGGAAGGGAGCUGCAGGCGCUCUGUAGUUCAGGGCUCGGGCCUGCCUCGGGUUGUCCACGCUGAAACCCAGAGCAGGCGUCGCGGGGGAGGGGCGCGAGGCGGGGCCCGGCCUCGGGGCGCUGCCUAACGCCCAGGACCCACGUUAGGGGUACGGGGCGAGGACCUUUGGGGGUCUCAGCAACUGAGAGUGGUAGGGGGCUUCAGGUCCUCCCAGUCCCCAGCCGGAUUGGCGAGUUAGACGCUUGUAGAUCUAAGGUUGGAUUGGGGUGGGGUCUCUGGGACGUUGGCUCGCUACGCAAGGAUUGGGGGGAUUCAAGUGCUUAGAGAUCGAAGUCAGGUCUUGGGUAGGGGGAGUCAGACAAUUGGAAAGCCUAGGUGGUUAUUUGGGGAGGGGUCUUUGCGCUUUGGCGGAGCGCAAAGCUGCGCCUUUUCGUCUUUGGGCCUUGUCAAGAGAGGCUUCUGUGAAAGGGUGGGCCGGCUAGGCCAGACCAAGAGAAAGAAAGUCAAUCAAUCAAGAAUAUAAGUGGGCGGGGGGACCCUGAGAGGGGGGUCACAAAGGGUGAGACAUGGCCACCAGGCGUUUAACCGACGCUUUCUUGUUGUUGCGGAAUAAUUCCAUCCAAAACCGGCAGCUGUUAGCCGAGCAAGAGCUGGAUGAGCCAGAUCAAGUCAGAUUCAUGCUCACAAGUAUGCCCAAGGAAAUUAAGAACUGAUGCAUGAAAAGAUAGGAAAACAGUUCCAAAUCCUAAGUGUCAAAAGCAAGUUUAUGAUACAGCUUGCUGAUGACCGUAUGGCACUGGUGUCAGGCAUUAGCUUAGACCCAGAAGCAGCAAUUGGCGUGACAAAGCGGUCACCUCCGAAAUGGGUGGAUGGAGUAGAUGAAAUACAAUACGACGUUGGCCGGAUUAAACAGAAGAUGAAGGAAUUAGCCAGUCUCCAUGAUAAGCAUUUAAACAGACCCACCCUGGAUGACAGCAGUGAGGAGGAACACGCCAUUGAAAUAACCACCCAAGAGAUCACACAGCUCUUCCACAGGUGCCAGCGUGCUGUGCAGGCCCUGCCUAGCCGGGCCCGCCGGGCCUGCUCAGAGCAGGAGGAGCGGCUGCUACGCAACGUGGUGGCCUCCCUGGCCCAGGCCCUGCAGGAGCUGUCCACCAGCUUCCGGCACGCUCAGUCGGGCUACCUCAAACGCAUGAAGAAUCGAGAGGAAAGAGCCCAGCAUUUUUUUGAUACAUCAGUACCACUAAUGGAUGAUGGAGACGAUAAUACUCUGUAUGACCGGGGCUUCACAGACGACCAGCUGGUGCUAGUGGAGCAGAACACGCUGAUGGUGGAGGAGCGGGAGCGAGACAUACGUCAAAUCGUGCAGUCCAUCUCUGACCUCAAUGAGAUCUUUAGGGACUUAGGAGCCAUGAUUGUAGAACAGGGUACAGUCCUUGAUAGGAUUGACUAUAAUGUUGAACAGUCCUGUAUCAAAACUGAAGACGGCUUGAAACAGCUUCAUAAGGCAGAGCAGUACCAAAAGAAGAACCGGAAGAUGUUGGUGAUCCUGAUACUCUUCGUCAUCACCAUCGUCCUCAUUGUAGUCCUCGUGGGUGUGAAGUCUCGCUAGCAGCAUUGGGAUCUCAUGCCACUGCGUCAAUUUCCUGGGUGUGGGGGCUCAGCCUGCGCCCCCCGGCUACACAGAGCUGCAUCCACGGACUGCACGGGCACCGGCCCUGGGCCCGCCUCUGCCGCUGCCCCUCGCUGCACUGGCGCCCCGCGUGUGGCAGUGGGCCUUCGUUUCCAUCUCUGUCAGGAUGCGAGGACCUUUGCUCUCGUGACAGGGUGGAGGCUGGUUCUGUGCUCAGUUACGAUUCAUAUUUUUAGAAAGUGAGGUGAGUUGGAUGUUUCUGGCGCUGCUGCGGCUGCUCGGUGUGUACGUCUAUGUGCUAUUUUUUUAGCAGUCACGUCUGAGCAGUGUGUUAAAAUAAUUUUUGGAAAAAUUUUUUUUAAACCAUCUGGUUUUUAAGAAAUUUGGUACCAAAAAUUUAUGAGUAGAGGCAAAAAUGCCUCUUCAUCUUUCUCUCUGUUUUCCAGUUGAAACAAGCAGAGAAGUCCUUUAAGAAUUUAUGAUCCUCUCCAUUAACUUAAUUCAGCUUUUCCAUCACUGCUAAUGAUCAGAGUAACAAAGUGUGAAAAAUAAGAAGCCAUCAUUGAUGUUAAUUAACACAUUUAGAUGGGCCAGUUAAAACAGCUUCAUAAGUUUAAAUUAAUUGUAAAUAGAAUAUUCCUCAUUUAAAAUUUUUGCACAUUUCUACUGUAAACCAAAAGGGGUUACUAAGCAGAACCACCUCAGUUGAAAAGUUGGUGAUUUGAGCCAACCUCCCAUUAAGAGGAAGCUUGACAGUGUCAUGCGUGUCACCAGGCUGAGCCGGUGUGUCCUUGCCAUCCCUAGCCAUCCUCACUCCGUCAUGUGCAUACUAACCACAUAAUGACCUGUUCAAACCAGACUCCAUCUAAUGAACUGUGAAUUUACACAGAGGCCGUUUUAAACGGGUCACCCCAUUUAGGAUUAGUGGAUCUCAAAUUAUUAACCAAACAUCACUCCAUUUCAAAGUAAAACCUUCCACCAGUGGUUUGAUUUAUGGGCUUUUCCGUUGCCACUCAGCAGUGCUGGGAAAGUAGGCCUGCUCCAGUGGGCGGCGGCUGGGAAACCCUCCUCCGUGAGAGUGGAGAGCACGUCGCCAGAGUAGGACUUUGUUUCCCUUGUGCUGUCGCUGUGGUGCCUGGGUUCCAGGAACCACGGGGCGCCAUGGGCAGCGAGAACUCUGAGGCCGCUCGAGUUUUGCUUGCCCUGUUUUAAUUGAUCCCAGUGUAAUUUUACUGGCCUUUGUGUAAUUUUUUUAUUGCUUUUUCAUUGUUUCUACUUCUCUUAAAAUUUUUAAGAAGAGCAUGACCCCAUUAAAUGUAUUACAUUUUACUUGAACCGGUCACAUAAAAUGCCUCUCUGGAAUUGACUUUGAAGUGGUUUCCAGAAAUAUACACUCAAAGCUAUAGAGACUCCAGUCAUCCAAACAAAUCGUGGGCUUACCACCCAGCCCCCGCCCAGCCUCCCCUUCUCUCAUUGUGUCUGCCUCCAGGCCGGGCGGCCUCCGGUUUCCUCACUGAGGUGGGUGUGGAGUGAUGAGCUUCCACAGGUGUGUCUGGCAUUCCCUGGCAGAUGUUUAUAAAGGAAGAGGAGUGGGUGCCCCCCUGCAUCUCCAAAGCGUGGGACUCUGUAGACCCACCCCUGGGGACCCCAUUGAUUUCCACCUCACAGUCAGACAAGGGGCUCUUCCAGUUAGGGGUCUUGCCUCAGAAGAGAUCCACUAGGCUAUGCUGGAUGAUCGUAAGUUUUUUAAAGUGCAGUCUUAGCAACCCUUGGAACAAAGGGACCCUUUAAGAAAGGAUCUCCACUUAUUUAUACUUCCCUGAAUAGGGUGAUUUGGGUUGGUUCCCCCCCCCCCAGCCCAUAAUGGAUCUGAUUAGAACGUAUUUUCUGGACCUCAUGUGGGGAGAGGGGACUGGCCCCUUGUGCCUGCAACCAGUGCAGUGCUGGCCAAGCCCAAGCUGUCUGCUGCUGGGACUGGACUAGGGUCCCAAAGGUGGAAGUGGAUAGGCCCAGCCCAGAGCUGGCCCAGGCUGUGCACUGACUCGUGAGGUUCUCAGAGCACGGCGUUUUCUCUCGGGCCUGUGCUCGGGGAGGUGAGCCGCACUAGGAGGCACGGGGAAAGCCAGCAGUCGUGACCUGGGGCCUCAGGGCAGCGCUUUCCUUUUCCAAAAGGCGGGCCUUCCAGCUGGUGUGUUUCUCCUGGCCUGGAAAGGGCCCUCUGGGACCCUCUGGCCCAGCCUGGACACGCACCCUCUUCCAAGUGUCCAGGGCCGGCCCAAAUGGAAGUGGCCACCACCCAUUCUCCCAGGUUUAUGGUCUUCCCUGAGAUUGUGACUGCAAACUGCUGUGUGUUGUUCUUGUCUGUCCAUUGGUGGUGGGGGGUGCUGGCUGGGCCAUGCCGUGUGGAGCAGUGUCUGACGGAUUUACCGCUCUCUGCUCAUCGAGAGAGCAUUAUUUAUUUGUUUUGACACAAGUGCUUGCAGUGUUUUAUCCCAGCUAAUGGCUUCUUAAAGGUAAUAAAACCCUUCAACCUAAUUGGUCAGAUAAGACUUUUUUUCUUGUAUGCUUAAAUAAAGCAAUUAGUGAAAUGCUUCUCUCCAAAAUGAGUUUUUUUGUCCUUUUUUAAGAACUAAUUUACUGUCACUGGAAACUUUUUGUACAAUAAAGCAGUCGUGUAGAUUAA